GUACCCCAGACAGCCUGGUGGAGAAAGAGCGCCAGCUCAUGGGCAUGAUUGGCCAGUUGAGCAGCCUGAGGGAGCAGCUCCUGGCGGCACACGAGGAGCAGAAGAAGCUGGCGGCAUCACAGAUGGAGAAGCAGAGGCAGCAGAUGGAGCUGGCCAAGCAGCAGCAGGACCAGAUUGCCCGGCAACAGCAGCAGCUUCUGCAGCAGCAACACAAAAUCAACCUCCUGCAGCAACAAAUCCAGCAGGUCCAGGGCCAGCUCCCUCCGCUGAUGAUUCCCGUCUUUCCUCCCGACCAGCGGACUCUGGCGGCGGCUGCAGCCCAGCAGGGCUUCCUGAUGCCCCCUGGCUUCAACUACAAGCCUGGCUGCAGCGACCCCUACCCUCUCCAGCUCAUCCCCACAACGAUGGCUGCUGCUGCAGCUGCCACGCCCGGCCUGGGACCCCUACAGCUGCAGCAGUUGUACGCAGCUCAGCUGGCGGCCAUGCAGGUUUCCCCGGGGGCCAAGCAGCACGGAGGCAGCCUUCCACCCCAAGCCAACCUGGGCGCACACUCCCCACCCACCAACACACACCCACAGAGCGACAAGGGCCGCAGCCCCCCGCCGAACAACAAAACCAAGGGCAGUGAGGGCGCACAGCCACUGAACCUGUCGGCCAAGCCUAAGGCAUCCGAGAGCAAGUCACCCAACUCCCCCCCAACUUCCCCACAGGUUCCCACUGCUGCUGCCGCCACCAAGCUGGGCCCCGCCGGCUCCAUGAAGCACAGCGCCGUGCCCUCCAGCAUCGGAGGACCGCCCAGCAGAGUUAGCUCAAUAGCAGACUUGUUGUCGUCGCUCUCRUCCACGACCUACCUGAACGACCACGAGGCGGUGAGCAAGGCCUUCGCCGAGGCCCGGCACAUGAAGGAGCAGCUGAAGGGGGAGCAGCAGGCCAUCGACGCCAAGCUGGCCUCCGUCAGCAACCUCAGCCUCAACAACGGACGCUCGGACAAGGACAAAGCCGCCUUGGAGAGUUUGAGUCAGCAGCUGAAGCAGCAGGCCGAGGACAAGUUCAGCCACGCCAUGUUGGACUUCACCAUGAGCGGAGACUCUGACGGCUCCCCCAGCGUGUCAGACUCCAGAAUAUUCAGAGAAGCUCGGGGUCGCAGCAGCAGCGAGCCACACAUCAAACGGCCGAUGAACGCCUUCAUGGUCUGGGCCAAAGACGAGAGGAGGAAGAUCCUCCAGGCCUUCCCGGACAUGCACAACUCCAACAUCAGCAAGAUCCUCGGCUCGCGGUGGAAAGCCAUGACCAACCUGGAGAAGCAGCCGUACUACGAGGAGCAGGCCCGCCUCAGCAAGCAGCACCUGGAGAAGUACCCCGACUACAAGUACAAGCCCCGGCCCAAACGCACCUGCCUGGUGGACGGCAAGAAGCUGCGCAUCGGAGAGUACAAGGCCAUCAUGAGGUCCCGCCGGCAGGAGAUGAGACAAUACUUCAGCGUGGGGCAGCAGAGCCAGCUGCCCCUGUCCUCUGCAGGCAUGGUCUACCCCGGCGCCCUGUCCAUGGCGGGCCUGCCGUCCCCCCAGAUGCCCUCGGAGCACUCCAGCAUGUCCAGCAGCCCCGAGCCCAACGCCAACCACCACCAGAACCCCACCCUGCCGGGCCUGAAGGGGGACGAGCCGCGGAUCAAGGAGGAGGAGUUGCGGCUAGACGACAGCAACGGAGACGUGUACGACGACUUCGACUACGAGGACGAGGACGCCGACUACGCCAGCGACAACGAGAACCACAUCGCCCAAUAAAGACGGCGCCACGCCCCCCUCCCCCAAACCAAUCACUGCUGGUAUCUGUCUCCAUCCACCAAUCCCCCACCACUCCUGACUAACAUGGACUCGUUUUGCAGAGCCAAGCCCCGCCCCCUUUUGACCCCACUGGAGUCCUGAUACCAGCAUCUGACCAAUCAACGAAAGCACAGGACCUGUCACUCACACUGACUGUUACACAAGCUGGAGUCACUGAGGAAUAUUCAAGUACUACUGCGAGACGAGUGCAGAGCCACGCGUGAACUUGUUGUCCUGUCAGAACUGAAGCAGUGGAGCUGUUGAAGGACAGACGACACUUUAGGAAGGACCUGUUUAUUAUCAAGAGACACUUUUAACAAACAGAUUUGUUUUGUUCUUUGGUUCUAUAAUAUUCUCACUCAGGUACACGGUGCCAAUAAGUGGCUUGUGAAUGUGAUUUGUUGUUUUUGUGCUACGAGUUUGAAUAAUAAUAGAAAAAAAAGAGACUUUUCUUUAUUCUUUUUUUUUUUUUUGCCCUAAUUUUGUUGUAAAGCACCAGAAAGACAGACAUUUAUUUUUGACAAAUCUUUCUUUUUUUCUCCCCUCGGGACGGUCCAGGCAGCGCAGACGGUAAAAACUUUUUUUUAAAGCAGACCGUCCCACUUUGAGGUUUUUCAGGGCCUCGUGGAGCAGAAAGGAAAGCACUGUGUUUGUGAGACAAUCCACGAGUUUUCUCCUCCCCCCAAAUCAUCCGCCUGAAACACCCACCCGUGUGUGUGUUCUCAUUUCCUGAAUGUUUGCACUUCUUAACAGCAAACAAAGCUAAAAACACACACACAUAUUAUUAUUAUUAUUAUUAUUAAAGUGUUUCCUGCUCUCUCUCCAAUCAAACGUCGUCCUGCUGUAACCACGUGGGCGGAGCCAGAGUGAAAUCAGCCAGUCAGUGUUUCUGUUUGUAUUUGAAAACUGUAUUUUAUUAUUAUUUCUCUUCAAAACUGCCUCUAGUCUAAUAUUAUUAACAAGAAUUAAAACGGUUUGUUUCUUCAGUUUA